AUGUGGUUGACCUGGGUUUUGUGGUUCAGAUUGGCCAGUGCCCACUGGGAUACGGUGUACAACCUGGCCAACCAGACCGUGUAUAUCCGACCCUCGAAUUCCAAUUCAACAGUUCUUCAGCUUCAGUUUGACGACGUGAUUGAGACAAAUCAAACACUGAUCACGACAAUCGCGUCCCCUCCUUCAGAUGCCAAAUUGGUAUCAAAUGUCGGUUUACAUGACGGUCUUUUUGCAGUGUAUCCAAAUGAAGACUACACCCUAGAGAUCCAAUGGUACGAUGCCGCACAAGAUCUCUGGAAGAAUCUUUCUCUCUCAGACACAUUCGAAUUUUAUUCUGACUCCUCAUAUUUGACUGGUGAUGAUGAGUUCCUCUAUGUUUACGGGGGUUCUUCUCUGCUAGACUCGUCGGUUUCAAACAGACUUCUCAAGAUCGAUCUGGCUUCUGGUGAGGUUUCGACAGCCAACACGACAGUCACUCCAGCAAACUUUUAUGGCGCAGCAUCUGUUCCUCUGGAUGAGAGUACAACGCUUGUUGUUGGAGGAAAGUCCUCGAGUGGUUGGGUUGGAUUAACCCAGCUGGCACUAUGGGAAUACUCGACUUGGGCCUUUAGAGAGGUAUCAUCGACCUCGACCAUAAACUCGCGCAUACUGCCACUUGUUCUGCCGGUCAUGAAAUUCCCCGAUAAUGAUUCGAUGAGCUUUGAAGCCGACUCUGUUCUAAUGAUUGGCGGAAAUUUAUCAUCGUCAUAUUCGUCUCCCUCGUUUGCUUCUCUCACCUUAUCCAACUGGUCAUGGACUGAUUUAGAUACUACUGUUAGUGUCUCGAAUUCUCUUGUGAACAAUGAACAGGACUCUGAACUCUCUCUGGAUUCCAUCGUCGGAGCCGCAACAGUUUUUGAGACUCUUAUCGUUGUACAUAGCGAGUCUGGCUCAUACGCCGCACAUCUCUACAACGCUUCAACCCUGAGAACUGUCGAUUCGAUGGAUUACCACGUCUCAUCACACAGCCAUUCGUCUAACAGAUCCUUGGUGAUUGUUCUCUCAGUUGUGAUUCCAAUUUUCGGGAUUUUGCUAAUUGCCGUUCUACUCCUAUAUCUCUACAGACGUCAUAAGCACACACUGGCUGAACGCGAGAAAGAGCUCGAACUAAAGAAUGCUCUUGAGUAUUACAACCAUAUAGCUGAGAAGCACAGCAUUGCCUCUAUGGAAUCAGAUGCCAAACCGGAUCAGGGUGAAGACGACGACUCGGGAGAUGACUUCUCAAUAGGCAGUUGGCGUCGUAAGCGUGAAGAGUAUGAUCGUGCUCAUGUGCCGAGACACGCUCAACCAGAACAAGCUCACGUCGCAGAGACUGCUUCUUUCCUUAAAAGGAGUUUAUCCUCUGUUUCCUCGAAUGUUGGAAGACUGGGCCGCUCUUUUUCAUACCAAUCGUCAGUGAGGUCUGCACCUCAACCACCCCACGCUUCUCUACGCCCGGAAACUGGAUCGACGUCUACACUAUAUUUAAUUCCCGAGUCAGCAAGUGUACAGUCAGGACUUUCAAAUGAGACCCGGGUUGCCGAUAAGAUAGGACAUUCGCAAAAAGGAAGUGUGGAUUUCGAUGAUGCAGAUUAUGACGUUCAGAUUCUCGUCUCGUCCAAGCGCAAGUCGAAACUGAGAGUGGUCAACCCAGACCCUGAGACAAGGAGACGAAAUGUUUCGGAUGAGAAGCGCGAGGACGAGGAUCUGUAA